AUGGCUUCUCUACCCGAGCCCCAUGAUAAGGACUGGGAGCGUACCAAUGCCAAAUCAUGGGAACUACCCUAUUAUGGCCCUGGUCCAGAUUUCGGCCGGGGGACCAUCUACGAUGGGGAUGCCGACCAGAACACGGAUAAUAAAAGUACCGAUGAGGAUGAUGAGGAUGCUUUCGAGGACAUUAACUACGACCGCCCUCCCGUUGACUAUCAGCUGCACCCUACAAGUUCAAAGGUUGCUGUAACUGGUCGGGCUAUCUCAAGUGUACCUCCUGUACCUACGCCAUCGCCGGUCCCAAGUCAAAGCACCUUUCAAACCCGACCAGUUCCUACUGGGUCCAGAACAGGUCGACCUCAGUCACCAAUGGGGCCAGUGUUCAAUGAGCGUGGGCCUAAUACCGGAAUUUCCAAUACAUUAGCACGGCCGCAUUAUUCGGCAUGUAAUCUCAAACCAGGUCAACGUACCCCUGUCAACAGGGGACAGACUGACACACCGCGACCACCGUUUUAUUCCAAAAAAGGCAGCACUACUUCUACUCCUUCGCAACACAAAGCUAGGUGUCCAGCUAUUUCAUCGGGGCAAAAUGACUCUCAUUCCAAGGCAAAGUGGCGCAAGGGGUUCUCUCCAGAUGCGUCUUAUCGUUUGCCAUAUGAGUGCCAAGUGUUUCAAGAGAAGAUUAGACAAGUCACUUUAGGAGAAAUUUCCAACGUCGACUUCCGUCAGCGGAUUAUCGAGGAGACAGAUGCAUAUAUGAGGAUGAGCGCGGGAAACGCCAAGCUUGUUCACAUCUGGGGACGGCAAAAGCAGGUGUUGGAGGCCCAGAAUUUGCUUCAGGAUAUGGUGAAUCGGUUGAUGCAGCAGCGGACUUCGCCUACAGUAGCGCGCUGGACCAAGGUUCACGCGCAUUCAAAUAGGAAGGUUGCCCAUGCCCGGUCACAAGAAAGCCAUGAGGAAAGAUUGUCCGACAUGCGGAAGCCCCCGAGAAUCACCACGGAUUACACGCUCGCUUUCCUCUGGCCCUCGGAUGGCCCCUCACUCAACCACUUGAUCACUGCCCGGCGCGAGCUCCUCGAUUCCAUUCGAUUGAGAUAUGACGUGAAUAUCUACAUCAAGCCUGGUAUCCCAGACUACCUUUUCAUGUCUGGAAAUAAUGAGCGGGAUAUGUCCAUCAUUGCAUCCCGAUUCCGAGAGCUAUGGGAGAGGGUAAUGGUCCAGCAUGAGACGGAAAUCAAGCUGUUCCUUGUUGCGGCGCCCCGGGCAGAGCUUAUGAGAACUCACGUCAUCCUGCAAAAGUCCGGUCGGCUCUCGGUGCCUGUUAUCUGUGGACCGGAGCUGGCCCCAGAUGUAACCGCAACCUGGAAGACCACUGCGGAUGAAAUCAAGCUCAAUAACAAGAACAUUGUCACCACCCGCCUUAGGAAAGCACUGCAUGUGAUUCCUCAAUUUCGGGGAUUCCUGCAAAUGCGAGCAAAGUUCGGUUCGUUCGCCCUGCAACAGUGGCGCAAGCCGAAUGAUGGCACUUCUUAUGAGUUCUCAGAGUUUCGUGAGAUGCUUACCCAUAUGAACACCGAAGGACGUUUGCUCCCAGGAAUCCGGCUGCAGCAAGAUGAGAUCUUUGACCGGAUCAUGGAAUCAACCUUUCUAAAGCCCUGGGGUAAAGCCAAAAUCAAAUCCCUGCUGAGCCUGAUGCCCAAAUAUUCCGCCAACUUUGAGUACCAAGUGAACAAGGAUUCGGUAAUUCGCGUGGAGGCAAAAUUCUCUCUUCCUCUUGGCUCGCAGGAGUUUGAAGUCAACGGAGUCCGUUGUUUCAAAUCCAAACAGAUCGGUGCUCCUGUUGAUCGUCAGAUGCCCAUGCAGAUCAGCAUGAUUGACUUUGAAAGGUCCGAUUGGCAGCUUGAAGUGAAGGCUCUUGAACUCUGCCCCGAAAAGGAGAUAUCCCCCGAGCUAGACAAAUUCAUGCGUUCUAUUGCUUUCCAAUGGAACCCGAGUGCAAAGAGCAUUGGAUCUGUCCCCCAGCGCAAGGCGAGGUUCUCAUAUGGUGCGCCAGUCAAGCGUUUCGUCGAGAAGGCCACAAUCCAACUCCAAGUCAAAGACUCGCCGCAUGUCUUCGAGCUCGCCCGCUUCGACGAGUACACGUACGGGGUUGGUCACUGGUCGAUGACCCCCAAAGUGUCCUGGGGUGCAUCGCUGUUCAAUCCUAGUUGGGAUGAUAUACUAGGUGAGCAGGCUGAUGUCAAGGCUCUCGAUAUCUCCAAAGAGGGGUGUCUGUCGGUGUUCUUUCCCCCGCCGGGAGAUGAGCAGGAACAGACAGAAAAGCCGAAAACGGACGAUGAGCUCCGCAAGGAGGCCGAGAACCGAAAGAUGGAUGAGGAGAAGCAGCUGGGCUCUUUCAUGAGCACUGUCCAGCAGGUUGCGCGGAUGCUAGGAAAUCCUGGCGCUGAGAUGCCAGACUUCCUUGAGAACGAUCUUGGAAGUCUGUUCUAG